AUGGAGAAAAGGGUUUUGUACGGUUUGGUAGUAAUGCUAAUGUACUUGGUUGGUAGUAGCGUUGGUCAAGGGGAAGUGAAGUUGAUGAGUGAAGAAGCUAAACGGGAACAAUCUCUGACCGAGACCAUACUUCCCCAAGUGUAUGCGAUAAGGUCCUCAAACUGCGGUGAUCCCUGCGAUGUAGUGGACGAUCAACUUACUCUAUUGGCUCAAACCUACUCUGAUAAACUUCAAUUCUAUAAAGGCGACAUUACGACCGACCCAUCCCUUAGAGACAUUCUCAGAAUAACCAGUGUACCGACCGUCAUUGAAUUCAAAGAUGGAUUAACAGAAUCACGUCGUUAUCAAAAUCUUUCCGAUUGGAGUAAUAUAUAUGAUCUAGUCAGGAAUGAUUUACUCGGUUCUGCCCCACCUCCCUCCGGUUCCGCCCUGCCUCUUUCCGGUUCAGCCUCCACCUCCGUCUCCACCUCCGCCUCCACCUCCGCCUCUCCCAGCCCUUCUCAAGUCGGACAGUAA